AUGAGUUACUAUGCCAUGCCUUUCCUCAUCUUCAACCUUGGAGGUGAGAUGAUGUAUAUAUUGAAUCAGAGAUUGGAAGCUCAGAAAAUUGCACCAGAGAAGUCUAAGAAGGUGCUGCAGGAUGUGGUCAAACACAUGUUUGAUGAGGGAUUUGUUGGCGAGUUGGCCAAGCCUCAAAAGAUUUAUUCGGAUGCUUCCAUAAGGGAGGUGUUUGAUAAGUUGGCUCACUCGUCCAUCAUGAGGCUUUCAACGAGUAGUAUGAGCAAGCUCUAUGACCUAAUGAUCAUGGGAAUCAAGUAUUCAUUCCUCUCGUGCUCUCAUCCUCAUGAAAUUCUCCAAUUUACUUUGAAUCACCUCGACGAAAUUGAGAAUAUUAUUGGUAAACAUGACAAUGAUCAGACAGCCCAAGAUGCAAAGAAGUGUAUUCAGAAGGCGACAAAUGAGAUCAUUGAGAUUUCUAAAAAGAUGAAUAUCAACGAUUUUAUGAAAUGUAGAUUUACGAUUUGCAACUUCUUAAAGGAUCGGAAUAUUAAAGUAUCGAUAUUCCUCUCGAGCAAAAUUCAAUUCCGAAACUCUGGGUAUUUCAAAAUUCCUUGUCAUAAGCAGUAUCCAGUUGGAUUUGACAAACCAGGAACAUGUAGAUAUUUCGACGCUGAAGGAGGGCUUAAAGAUUCGUCCUUGCUUCACAAUCACCCAAUGAAAGAGUAUACUCACAACACAGCAAUUCAUUCGGACACUAACCAAAGAACUUCAAAAUUGGGACAUAAUUUCUAUGCCUCAGACAAGGUAAAAAUCAAUGAGGACGAGCAGCAAGAGGAAGAGGAAGAUGACUCAGCAUUUUCAUUCUCAGCAAAGAAAGUUUUUGACAACGCCAAAGAUUUGAACCAAUUGGCCAGUAUGAUUGCAGGACCAAGGGAGAGUAAAGACACAUUUAAGGUAAACUUGUUCUCCAAAUUUGAUGUGUUUGACGCAACACCAGAAGGUGAAGAGGAGGAAGUAGAUGAUGUGGACAAGAAGUUUGAGCAAUUAACCUUUGACUGUCGAAAAGCAAAGAAAUCGACUACGAUUGAUUUUGAUAUAGGGUCAGCCAACCAAGCAAACUCAGACGAGCAGGAUGAUUUGUUGGACUUGAUGGACUCAUAA